CUCUACUGCAAUAAACAACAUUUCUAGAAAAAUUCCCAUUCUAUUUGAAAUAUAUCGCCUCGCAAACAACACACAAACAUCAAAAAUGACUGCACUUAAAUGGGGUAUAGUUGGUGCAGGACGAAUUUCCCAUGACUUUGUCACGGCCGUCCAGACUUUGCCAGAAAGUAACCAUGAAGUUGUAGCAGUUGCAGGAAAAAAUAAGGAAAACGUGGAAAAGUUUGCCAAGGAACACAACAUCACAAGAUGGUAUGAUGAUUAUGAAAAGUUGGCUGAUGAUAAUGAAGUUGAUAUAGUGUACAUUGGUAACUUGCAUAUUCAACACUUUGAAGCAUCUAAAUUAAUGCUUGAACACAAAAAACAUGUCUUAUGCGAAAAACCUUUUACCAUGAAUGAAAAACAAACCACUCGAUUAGUGGAAAUAGCUAGAGAAAAGAAACUUUUCCUUAUGGAAGCAGUUUGGUCCAGAUGCUUUCCAGCUUACAAAAAAAUGAAGGAAAUCAUAGACUCUGGCGCUAUUGGAGAUGUUUUAUUUUGCUCCGUACACUUUGGCCUUGCCAUACAGCACGUUGAAAGAUUAACAUCUACGAAAUUGGGAGGAGGAGCAAUUCUAGAUCUAGGCAUCUACAUCAUCCAGUUUCAGCAGUACAUUUUCCGAGGGCUAAAGCCAGAAGAAAUCGCAGUAAAUGGCCAUAAAAAUAGUGCAGGAACAGACGAAUCUGUUGGAGCUGUGAUAACUUACCCAAAUGGUAAGAUGGCAGUGGUAAGCACCUCUGCUAGAGUAGUUUUGCCCAACGAAGGAGUUGUUGUUGGAACUAAAGGUAUUUUACGUCUUCCUUCAUUCUGGGCUCCAACUCAACUAAUAACGCCUGAUGAAACCUUUGAAUGGCCCUUACCAAAGUCUUCUGUCCCUUUUCUACACAUUAAUAGCGCUGGAUUGUCUUAUGAAGCCGAACAAGCAAGACAAUGUAUCAAAAAAGGUUUGCUAGAAUGUCCAGAAAUUACUCACAACGAAUCAAUAGAGAUUGCCAGACUUAUGGAUUUGAUGAGAAAGCAAAUGGGGGUUGUUUUUCCAGAAGACGAGCAAGAAUUUCAAUAAAAAAUAAAUAAAUAUAUUAUAUUAUAACUACAAUAAAACUAGUGUUGAUAUUAAUUCACCCACUUCUCAGUAUUGGUUAAGAUUAUCUUAAUAAACAAAUCCAGGAAUUUGUUCCAAUUAUUCAAUUUAUCUUGGGACAUGGAUUUAGUAAAGAGUUCCAUUAGAACACAUUUUUCAGAUCAUUGUAAGCAACAUCAGGCACGUUCCUGGAAACAUGAGCAAUGCCUUAUUUGGCCACUAGUUGUUCCAGCAUAUCUGGAUCGUCGAUGUGAAGGCGUACAUCAAGCUGAUACAAUGCGCUUCGAAUUUGUUGUUCUGAAUCAAUUCCUCUACAGGUAUGUUUCGGAAAGGAAAAAGCAAGUGACAUUGAGAUUAUUGCUGGAAUAAACUUUUAAAAAAGUAAAUUAUAAAUAAUUGUUUCUUGGACUAACUUUAUAAAUAUGGCCAUUCCAGUUUCCAAACUGGCCUUUCCUUUUGUAAGCUUUUUCCAGGUGGUUGUUAAAUUAUAUUUGUUCUUAGAAGUCAGCCCUGUUACUGGAUCUGGAUCGUCAGUUAAACUGCCUGUAAAAUAGCUUAGAAUGAUACCCAUUUUGCCUGGAUAAAAAUUGUAUUGUUUGAUUUAUUUAAUUUUUCCAGGGUCUUAAUUAAAAUAAUUGUACUUUUGAGAUAUGUAAGUACCUAAUAGUUAUUUAUUGUAUAAGUGUUUUAGGAAGCUUUUUAUCCAUGCAAGAAUGUUUAAACGCGAGAACGAAGUUCGAGCAUUUAAUUUUCUCAAGUGGAUAAAAUGCAACUAAAAUACGAAUUUAAUACAACGUUUUAUCCACAAUCACACGUAGGUAUAUACACAUGGCGGAUGGAAGAGCUCCUCUGUUGCUGAAAGUUAUAUCGAGGAUUCGGAUUCAGGAUUCCAUUUAAUAAACUUAGUAUUGCAAACAAAAUCCAAGGGGAAAAUAGGUGUCCCUUGAGGAGACACCCAUUAUUCCUGUUCCUGGUAAUUCUGCCAAAACACCCAUAAACGUGCGUUUUCAAGCGGAUGGAAAUUAUCACCUUUUUAUCAACAAUAACGAAGUUAUAGGAGACAAAUCGAACAAUCUAUAAAUAUAAAUUUUAAUGUUAAUAUCAAUAAAUAAAAUAAAAAUUUCGUAUUUCUCAAUUUCAUUAUUCCACUAGUGGAAUAAAGUUAUUUUAUCCCACUAGUGGAUAAAGUAUCACUUUAGACGCUUCAUAUGAGUGGAUAAAACUGCCAUUAUUUAAUGAUUGUGGAUAAACAUUUUUAUUUAAACUCAUAAGACAAAUUAUUACAUUCAAUGUUAAACUAUAUAAUUAUAUACAAAAAGUCAAUUAUUAAAACAAUUAGGUAAAAUACCUACUUUACUACUUAUGACAAUAAAAAUCUUAAGGUAUGUAUAAGUACUUAACAUUUACUCUUAUCUAGAAGGCUUCCAUAUUCAAGCCUUUGUAUUUUGUUCAUUUUCCAGCCCUUUAAGGAUUACCGAAAAGGCAACGUUCAGCGUCUUUUUCCAAGCUUCAACUUCGUCAUUUUUGAAUAAAGCCGAGAAUAGUUCGAUUGCGGAUUCCUUUAA